CUGGAUGUUUUCUGCCCAAAUCCUCAUCUGCUUCCCCCUCUCACCAAGACAAUGGUUUACCCUCCCUGCCCCCGCCGGGACCCAGCCUUUUUGGGCUGGAGCUGAGCUCUGGGCUGCGUGAAGCUGGGAGCCCCAGCCAGCAGCCAGGCGGGGGUGGGUUGGAGACCUGCCACGCACAUUCCGACCCCGGACAAGACCUCUGAGAGGGCGGGGUCUCGGGCUCUGAUAUCUGGCGCGUCCGGCCUCCUUCCCUUUCAGAAGGAGCGAAACACCUUUGGGCAAGAUGGGUCUCUACCGUGUCCGCGUGGCCACCGGGUCCUCGCUCUACGCAGGCUCCAACAACCAGGUGCAGCUGUGGCUGGUGGGGCAGCACGGGGAGGCGUCGCUCGGGAGGCGCCUGUGGCCCGCGCGGGGCAAGGGCCCUGGGGCCAGUGGGGAUGAGUACAGGUUCCCUUGUUACCGCUGGGUGGAGGGCGACCGCGUCCUGAGCCUAGCGGAGGGCACCGGCCGCACGGUGCUUGACGACCCUCAAGGCCUGUUCAAGAAGCACAGGGAAGAGGAGCUGGAAGAGAGAAGGAAGCUGUACCGGUGGGGUAGCUGGAAGGAUGGGUUAAUCCUGAAUGUGGCUGGGACCACAAUAUGUGAUCUUCCUGUAGAUGAAAGAUUUCUGGAGGACAAGAGAAUUGACUUUGAGGCUUCGCUGGCCAAGGGGCUGGCAGACCUUGCUAUCAAAGACUCUUUAAAUGUUCUGACUUGCUGGAAUGAUCUGAAUGACUUCAACCGGAUUUUCUGGUGUGGGCAGAGCAAGCUGGCUGAGCAAGUGCGGGACUCCUGGAAGGAGGAUGCCUUAUUUGGGUACCAGUUUCUCAAUGGCACCAACCCCAUGCUGCUGAGGCGCUCUACUCACCUGCCUGAACGCCUAGUGUUCCCUCCAGGGAUGGAGGACCUGAGGGCCCAGCUGGAGAAGGAGCUGGAGGGAGACACGCUGUUUGAAGCUGACUUCUCCCUGCUGGAUGGGAUCAAGGCCAAUGUCAUCCUAUGCAGCCAACAGCACCUGGCUGCCCCUCUGGUCAUGCUGAAACUGCAGCCUGAUGGGAAACUCUUGCCCAUGGUCAUCCAGCUCCAGCUGCCGAGAAUAGGAUCCCCCCCACCUCUGCUUUUCCUCCCCACGGAUCCCCCAAUGGUCUGGCUUCUGGCCAAGUGCUGGGUCCGUAGCUCUGACUUCCAGCUUCAUGAGCUGCAGUCUCAUCUUCUGAGGGGACACUUGAUGGCUGAGGUCAUUUCUGUGGCCACCAUGAGGUGCCUUCCCUCACUACAUCCUAUCUUCAAGCUUAUAAUUCCCCACCUGCGCUACACGCUGGAAAUUAACGUCCGGGCCAGGAAUGGGCUGGUCUCCAACAUGGGAGUUUUUGACCAGGUGGUGAGCACAGGUGGGGGAGGCCACGUGGAGCUGCUCAAGAGAGCUGGAGCCUUCCUGACCUAUAGGUCAUUCUGUGUCCCCGAUGACUUGGCUGACCGGGGGCUCCUCGGGGUCAAGUCUUCCUUCUAUGCCCAAGAUGCUCUGGGGCUCUGGGAAAUCAUCUCUCGGUACGUGGAGGGAAUUGUGAAUCUCCACUAUAAGACAGACGAGUCUGUGAGAGACGACCCUGAGCUGCAGAGCUGGUGUCGAGAGAUCACUGAAAUUGGGCUGCUAGGGGCUCAGGACCGAGGGUUUCCUGUCUCUUUACAGUCUCGGGAACAGGUCUGCCGCUUUGUCACCAUGUGCAUCUUCACCUGCACUGGCCAGCACUCCUCCAUCCACCUGGGCCAGCUGGAUUGGUACGCUUGGGUCCCUAAUGCACCCUGCACAAUGCGGCUGCCCCCGCCGACCACCAAGGAUGCAACGCUGGAGACAGUGAUGGCAACACUGCCCAACUUUCACCAGGCUUCUCUCCAGAUGUCCAUCACUUGGCAACUGGGCAGACGCCAGCCCAUUAUGGUGGCUGUGGGCCAGCAUGAGGAGGAGUAUUUUUCAGGCCCUGGGCCCAAGGCUGUACUGAAGAAGUUCAGGGAGGAGCUGGCUGCCCUGGAUAAGGAAAUUGAGAGCCGGAAUGAAAAGCUGGACAUGCCUUAUGAGUACCUGCGGCCCAGCCUGGUGGAAAACAGUGUGGCCAUAUGAACGUCCCCAGCCUGUGGCUGUUUCAGCCCCCUCCAAGCCACAACCCUGCCCCUUGGUGGUUUCAGUCCUGCCCUCCCAAGCCCCACCCUCUUCCCCAUGUCCCACCCUCAUUGUCUCUGCCCCCAGCAAACAGAUUUUACUCUAGAUGCAUCACCUAGGGGCCUCAUUCCUCCUCCCUCCCUCCUUCCUUUCCUCUUUCCCUCCCUCUC